AUGCAGGCCCAAUCUGCCAAAUGCGUGGUGGUGGGCGACGGUGCCGUAGGCAAGACUUGCUUGCUGGCGACGUACAGCAAAGACGAGUUUCCCUCCGAGUACGUGCCCACAGUGUUUGACAACUACGAGACUGCUGUGAUGAUCGAGGGCGUGUGCUACAAUCUCAACCUGUGGGAUACGGCCGGCCAGGAAGGCACGCCUUCCCAUUGUCCCCCCUUCCCAUCAGCAAUGGCCCAUCGGAUGAUGAAGCUGCUGCUGCUGGAAUACGAUAAGCUGCGCCACCUGAGCUACCCCGAAACCGACAUCUUCAUCGCCUGCUUCUCUCUCGUCGACUCCGACUCCUUCCACAACAUCACCAACCGAUGGGUGAAAGAGCUGCGAGAGCACUGCCCCGGCGCACCUGUCCUGCUCGUCGGCACAAAACUGGACCUUCGAUCCGACACGGGUGUCGUCAAGCAGCUUCAGUCCACCGGCAAGAAGGUCAUCUCCACACAAGAGGGACAAAAGCUGGCGCACGAGAUCAAGGCGGUCAAAUACGUGGAGUGCAGCGCGCUCACGCAACAGGGCGUGAAAACAGUUUUCGAUGAGGCCCUGCGGACGGUGAUCAAGUCCAGGGGCGGCUCGUUAGGCUUCGGCGGCUCCGGAGGCCGCAAGUGCUGCACACUCUUCUGA